UAAAGAGUCCAACCAAAACUUGUCCUACAUUCUAUCUAACUUGCACAGGAUAAUCUCAAAAUCUAUUCUUUAUAGCGAAACGAAAAGAGACUCAUGGGAACAUCGGACUCUGGUGGCUUGUACCUCGACGAAAUCAGUAAUCACAUUGGCCACAUAUAAAUUCUAGGAUUUUGAGGGCCAAGAGAUCCAACAAUGGGGGAAGAGAUGCCAUUGGUAUCGGAGAGGAGGCCAUUGGAAAUUGAGGAAACUGUGAAAACAGAAGAGGAGGAUGUGGGUGGGCAACAAGGAUGCAUGAAUGAAUCAAAGAAACUGUGGGAAAUUGCAGGGCCUGCUAUUUUAGCGUCAGUCUCUGAGUUCUCCAUUUCCUUUGUCACAGCUGCCUUCGUUGGUCACUUGGGAGAACUUGAAUUCGCUGCCGUCUCUGUUUCCCAGAAUGUCAUUGAAGGGUUUGUCUACGGUAUCAUGUUGGGAAUGGGGAGUGCUUUGGAGACACUUUCUGGGCAGGCUGUUGGAGCUGGGCGUUUUGAGAUGCUUGGAAUAUAUUUACAGAGAUCAUUUGUUAUAACCUGCACUACAGCUUUGUGUUUGACUCCUGUUUACAUUUAUGCAUCGCCAUUGUUGCAGCUCAUUCGUCAAGAUAAGCGAAUUUCAGAGCUUGCAGGGCAGUAUUCCUUGUGGGUAAUUCCGCAGUUGUUUGCUUAUGCAAUCAACUUUCCCAUACAGAAGUUUCUGCAAUCUCAGAGCAGGGUUUGGGUGAUGACUUUGAUUUCAAUGGCCACCUUGCUUCUUCAUGUGCUGUUAACUUGGAUCUUUGUGACAAAGCUCAAUCAUGGAAUCAUUGGUGCUGCCAUGGCUGGAAACAUCUCAUGGUGGCUAAUGGUUUCUGGCAUGAGCUAUUAUGUUGUAUCCGGGCGUUUCCCUGCAGCUUGGAAAGGCUUUUCCUUGAUGGCUUUCAGGUCUUUGUGCAGCUUUGUGAAGCUCUCACUUGCAUCAGCUGUAAUGUUCUGCUUGGAGCUAUGGUAUUAUACCGCAGUUAUUCUGAUGGUAGGAUCGUUAGACAAUCCAGAAAUUGCCGUAGACGCCAUGUCAAUCUGCAUGAACUUGCAGCUGUGGUUUGUGAUGAUUGCUCUGGGUUUCAAUGCAGCCAUAAGCGUGCGAGUGUCGAAUGAACUUGGUGCCGGGCAUCCAAAAGCAACAAAAUUCGCCAUAGUUGUGGCGAUAAUAAAAUCCACGACAAUAGGUAGUUUAUUCACAGUGGCAAUUGUGGCUACCAAGAACCAAUUUCCGAAAAUGUUCACAGAUAAAGUAGCAGUGAUUAGUGAGACUUCAGGGUUGGCAUAUUUUCUAGCAGCGACCAUCUUCCUCAACAGCAUUCAGCCUGUUCUCUAUGGGGUGGCUGUUGGUGCAGGGUGGCAGGUUUUGGUUGCGCUGAUAAAUGUUUCAUGUUAUUAUAUCUUCGGACUUCCUGUUAGUGCCUUGCUGGGUUACAAGUAUAACUAUGGCGUUUAUGGCAUAUGGUCGGGGCUGUUGCUCGGCUGCUUUAUGCAGACACUGUUUCUGUCCUGCCUUAUUGUUCGUACCAAUUGGCAAAAAGAGGCUUUGCAAGCUGAAGACCGCAUGAAAAAAUGGGGCAGUACACCUAGUGAAUGAAGGCGAUUUGAUUGAAAUAUAGGAAAAGCCUUUUUUUAUUUUUCAAUGAAGAAUUCUUUUUACCUCAGAGACAUUUAGAAAAAUGUAUAACCUGUGGACAGAAACUAGCAAAUUUGAUUUGGCUUUACAAAUUGGCUUAGGAAUGAAAUAAGCUAGAAGAAAUGCAACCCAUAAAGCAUACGACCUUAUAUUACACAAUAAGGUUAAGGUUACAUAGUAUGAAAUAGACCUCUUCUUUUUAGUUUUA